UCAGCGAACAACGGGCUGAGCUCCGCGGCGCCGCAGUCAGAGGAGCUCCAACACAUCAGCGCUGAAGCCGAGCUGGACCGACGACUCUCCGAGCGACAGAGUCGAGCCAUGUACUACACGAAAACCCAAGUCACUACACAGACCUCCAACAUAACAGACAAUCAUACGGACAAACCACCAGAAAUACCAAUAACAAACACAACAGAAACCAAUAAAACAGAAGAAGUGCCACAUCCAGCUAUACAGUGGACAGUGGUCAACAUCACUGACAUGUCAACAAACAAUACACAGACAACAAACGCAAGCGCAAGUAAUGCAACGGUAGCCCCGUUCACGAAUUUGACGGAAACGCAAAACGCGACGUUUGCGUCUAAAAAGAGGAAUCUGACUAGACCAGACUUCGUGAAAGAUGGAGGUGGAAAUGUGGCGGAGAGUAGAAUCGUGACAGAGAAGCCACUGUCAUUAGAGACUACUUUCCUACAGACUCGGAUACCACCGAACGUCGAAUCUUCUAGAAGGGUGAUAGACCAAAGUGAUGGAGGAAUGGAUACGGGAGCUAUAGCCGGGAUAUCGUUUGCUGCGCUAGUUUUGGCGGCUCUGGCUGGGAGCACGGCGUUCGUGCUGUACCGUCGGAGGUACCUGAACAAGCCGCAGACCCUGAAUGACAAGUGCUCGAACCCUGAUUCGAGCGGCUACUUGGAUGACAGUACGAUAAGAGACAACUCCGAAGAGAUGUACAGCUUGGACAACGACUCCUUCCUCAACUCUCUGGAGGCGAUGACCAUACAGAACUACUGGACGGACACCGUCAAGCACACCAAACUCUGAUCACGUCACUCGUCAUGACGUCACUUACACAAGAUGACGGACCAAACUAGUUUCUACCAUAACUGUCAGACUGGGAAUUGAAGAUGACCAUGAAUAUACCAAGGACAUUAUGACGUCAUAAGCAAUUUUAAUACAGCUAUGUUUUGUCAAAGAUAUCUAAGGAAUUGACGUGAUUCGCAUCUACAAUCUAACAUGCAUCUAAACUCAUGACAGAUUAGAUAAAACAAAUCUGAAUGUCAACUUUGAUACUGUGUGAUUAGAUUUUUUAAAUUAAGAACUCAUGUGACAUGACUGCAUGACAGUUGAUCACAUAAUUCGAUAUUCAAAUUCUUCUGUGAUUAUUUUAAUGAUUUGUAAUGUUUUUUUUUUUUUAUUAUGAUUUUAAUUCAAACAUUUGAGAGUUUUAAACUCUUAUGAACUAUGUGUAAUGACAUGGAUUUCGGAGACAUUUUUAAAUAAAAAUAUUUUUAUUUACAGAAGUUUUGCGAAACCUCAAAAUAGGCCUAGAAAUGAAUUUAUUCAUUAUACUUGAAUGAAAACCCCGACUUGAUAAGGACAAAUGCUUUGUAUACUCUCUUUGAACUCUAUA